AUGCCAAUUCUAGAGAAGUUGCUACACUUGAAAGAGAUUAAAUUCAAGACUGCAGCUUUCAUUGGGAGGAGCAUGGUUUGCUCGGGCGGUGGGUUUCUUAAAUUGUACAUGCUUAUAAUGUGCAGACUGAAUGAGUUGGAAGAUUGGGUAGUCAAAGAAGGGUCCAUGCCACUUCUUCAUAUUCUGGAAAUUAACGACUGUCAGAUGUUAAAGGAACUUCCUGAUGGGAUGAUCUUUAUCACUUCCUUAAAGCAGCUGCGUGUUGCAUAUAUGGGAGUGGAAUGGAAGGACAAACUAUCGGAAGGAGGAGCAGACUAUUACAAAGUGGAACACAUCCCUUCCGUUACAUUCGUAUAA